UGUAAACAAGAUCUAAUGCACGGGUGCGCAGAAUCACAGUCUAGCAGACAACUCCGUGACGUGUUGUCUCAUCGAGUUGAAAAUGUUUCGCUCUAUUAUGUUUUCGCCCACUGUUAAUCAGGGCCUAGUGUCUCUGAUUCGCAAUAAUGUAGCCUUGAUAGGAUGCCCUGCAUCUUUGGCAACUCAGAUCAGGAACACAGCCACUGUACCAGAGAAAGUGACAAGAAAACCUUACAGUCCCUUCCAAAAUACGAGUAGCCUUGGAGAAUAUGCAGUGGCAAGAUUGGAUGAUCUUUUAAAUUGGGGUCGCAAAGGUUCUUUAUGGCCAAUGACAUUUGGUUUGGCUUGCUGUGCCGUUGAGAUGAUGCACAUUGCUGCGCCCAGAUACGAUAUGGACAGAUAUGGAGUAGUAUUCAGAGCUUCUCCAAGACAAGCCGAUGUUAUUAUUGUUGCCGGUACUUUAACAAACAAAAUGGCUCCAGCAUUGAGAAGAAUAUUUGACCAAAUGCCUGAACCACGAUGGGUAAUUUCAAUGGGAAGCUGUGCCAAUGGUGGUGGCUAUUACCAUUACAGUUACUCUGUCGUUAGGGGGUGUGAUAGAAUUAUACCUGUGGACAUAUACGUGCCAGGAUGUCCCCCAACUGCAGAAGCUCUAAUGUAUGGUGUACUACAACUACAGAAGAAGAUCAAGCGUAUGCAAACAGCUCAAGUUUGGUACAGAAAGUAAUGUAAAUGAAUUUGAUAAAUGUAGUAACUUGUGUAUAAAUAAUUUUGUUAUCAUACAAAGUGUAAUUAAGGUAAAGAAAUGAAAUUAUGAAUCGUUUUAAAUAGUGAUUAAAAAUGGUAAU